GGCGGGUUGUGUCUUGUGAAGAUAUAAAUGGAGUGGAGAGAGUCACAGAAUCGAAGAACACGGCGAUGGCUUGUAUGCACAUUUCACUCCCUGCCCUCACUCCACUAAACCUUAGCCGAGUCAAUCGGUGUAGUUUUCAAAGGUCGCCUGUUAUUGCUAUGGCCAGUUCGUACAAGGAGAUUGCCACUUCUGGAGUUAAGGUUACAGAAGGACAGGGGAACUUGCCAAAGGUCGUUUUGACCGGUUCCAGCGGCAGUGAGGCAGAUGUGUAUCUAUUUGGUGGGUGCAUUACUUCUUGGAAAGUACCGAAUGGGAAAGACCUGCUUUUUGUGAGGCCUGACGCUGUCUUUAAUGGGCAGAAACCGAUCAGUGGAGGAAUUCCUCAUUGUUUCCCACAGUUUGGACCCGGGCCAAUGCAGCAGCAUGGCUUUGCAAGAAAUAUGGACUGGGAAAUUGUUGAUUCUGAAAAUGUACAAGGAGAUCCUGUCUUAACUUUAGAACUGAAAGAGAGUCCUUACAGUCGUGCCAUGUGGGAUUUCAGUUUUCAAGCUUUAUACAAGAUUACUUUGCAAACAAAGAGCCUUUCCACCGAACUUGUUAUAAAAAAUACAGACAGCAAGCCAUUUUCAUUCAGUACCGCGCUGCAUACUUACUUCAGUGCUUCUGCACAAGCGGCAUCAGUUAAAGGUUUGAAAGGCCGCAAAACAUUAAAUAAAGAUCCUGAUCCCAAGAAUCCAUUGGAGGGCAUCGAAGAAAGGGAUGCAGUCACUUAUCCUGGAUUUGUGGAUUGUGUAUACCUGGAUGCCCCUAAUGAGUUGCAUCUCGAUAAUGGUUUAGGUGAUAUAAUAUCUAUCAAGAACACAAAUUGGUCGGACACUGUUUUAUGGAAUCCAUAUCUGACUAUGGAAGCGUGCUACAAGGAUUUUGUUUGUGUGGAAAAUGCACAGAUUGGAAAUGUCCAGCUAGAGCCUGGUAGCUCUUGGACUGCCACACAACAUCUCAGCAUCAACUGAAGAGUGGAUUAUUACUGUUCUUCAAUUUUGUAGAAAUAAAUUAAUAUAUACCUCAAUGAAUCAAUUCCCUUAUCUCUUUUUUCAUGUUGUAAAAAGCUUUAAAGCUACAGAGCAAAGCUUUUCACUUUCACCUUGAGAGUGGUUCUCCACUAUUCAAUAAUAUGUGAUCAUGUUUAGGCUUUCAACCUAUACUGUU